AAAACGACGUCGUCAAGAUACAACCCGGUGAAACCCUAGGUCAUAAAAUCCCCACUCGCAUCGCUCCCCAAUUCAGUCUCUCGUUUUCCCCAGCCGCUGUAAUCCGAGCUCUCCUCUCUCCUCCCUUUUCCCGUCGCUGCAAUCCAAUCCCAUGGCGCCGAAGAAGGACAAGGCACCGCCGCCGUCGUCGAAGCCGGCGAAGUCCGGCGGAGGCAAGCAGAAGAAGAAGAAGUGGAGCAAGGGAAAGCAGAAGGAGAAGGUGAACAACAUGGUGCUCUUCGACCAGGGAACCUACGACAAGCUCCUCACCGAGGCACCCAAGUACAAGCUCAUCACACCGUCCAUUCUCUCCGACCGUCUCAGGAUCAACGGCUCGCUGGCAAGGAGGGCCAUCAGGGAGUUGAUGGCCAGAGGCUUGAUCAGGAUGGUCUCUGCUCACGCCAGCCAGCAGAUCUACACCAGGGCUACCAACACCUAGGUCUCAUGCUUUUCUUUUGAUGAAUUGUCGUUUCGGGUAUUGUUACAUGUCGUUUUAGACUAUUUGGCGUCGAUUUUGUUUAAUCUACAGUCUUAUGGAAACCUAGAGAUUUUCUUGGCUUGAUAAUAUAUGCAUCAACCAAUGAUUGCUUCUUAUUUAUUUAAAUUGAUCUUUUACUUGAAUUUCA